GCCGAGAGCCGGAACAUGACGUGGCGCCAUGCACAUGCUUUGAGGACGUCCCCUCGAGCCGCUGCUCCCGCCAUUUCCUCCACCAUCGUAUUCUCCCCUCCUCCUCCUCCUCCCCCUCACAAGCAUCGCGUCCUCCUCCUUCCUCCCCCCUCAUCGUUUCUUUUCCCAGCUUCCUCAACCUUCGUUGCCCAUCUCGCCCCUCGUUGGAGAGAAACCAUGGCGAACGCGGCGUCGGGAAUGGCGGUGAGCGACGAGUGCAAGCUCAAGUUCUUGGAGCUGAAGGCCAAGAGGAACUUUCGGUUCAUCGUCUUCAAGAUCGACGAGAGGAUACAGCAGGUGAUGGUAGAUAAGCUCGGCCAGCCCGACGAGAGCUACGACGACUUCACCGCGUCCCUGCCGGCCGACGAAUGCCGCUACGCCGUCUUCGACUUCGACUUCGUCACCGACGAGAAUUGCCAGAAGAGCAAGAUCUUCUUCAUCGCUUGGUCACCCGAUGCCGCAAGGGUGAGGAGCAAGAUGCUGUAUGCAAGCUCCAAGGACAGGUUCAAGAGGGAGCUCGAUGGGAUCCAGGUGGAGCUGCAAGCAACAGACCCCAGUGAGAUGAGCAUCGACAUUGUCAAAGGCCGAGCUCUAUGAGAACCUUUUGCGUGCAUGCGUGCGUGCAUGCGUGCCCUUCUCUCCACCUCGGACCUUCUGUGAGGUGAAGAACCAACUCGUGGGCACUGAUGUGCAUGAGAUCGGUCAGGCUUUACAUGAACCCUACCCUGUCCUCGAAGAACUCUUCUCUUUCUCUUGUGUUUUUUUGUUGCUGAUUGAAGUUUGGUCAUUAUUAUAUUUUAUAUGUA